AUGAGUGGAGUUUGGUAUAACAACGAUUCCAACACCAAUCCUGGAAGACCUAUAAGAAAUAGUCAUUUUGGUUGUAUUACCCAACUCUAUCAAAUCGCAUUAUUUGAUAAACAUGAUAAACUGACGAAUUAUUAUAUUACCAUUGAUGAAGAUGAUUUAAAUUUGAUCAAAAGACACAAGUGGUAUUUCAAGAAUGAGAUUGUGGUAAAUGAGAACGGUAUUGCUUUAACAGAAAUCCUUACCAAUGAUUUGACAAAUAAUGAAGAUAUUUGCAUAUUUACAAAAAUUAAAAAAAAAGACGAGAUAUUUGGAAUAGGAAUUUAUUGUCCUUUAUAUCCAGACAAAAGUAUUUUCAAAUUUGUGAAUGAAGAUUAUUCUAUUCAAGAAUCACAGAUUUAUGCUUUGAUCGAAGCAAUUAAAAUUUUUAGUAUUUUUGACAAACCGUUAAGUAUUUUUACCAGUAACAAGAAUAUCUGUUCCUUAUGGAAUACUA